AUGACAGUUAUCAUGGAAACCUUCUCCGAAAAGUUCAAAGGACAACUGAAGGCUCUCUUACAAUUGUGGUUAAAGGAAAAAGGGGAGUAUGAAGAGUUUCACAUCACCCCAACGAAUUUGUUGCUUUCUGAUGCCGAAAGAAUCUUUUCUAUUGAUUUUAAGACGAUUCUAGACUACGAUGAACAAAGCGAAAUCGUGCAUCGUUGUAAGAUAGACCUUCAUCACCUGACAAAUUACGAGUAUCAAAGACCGAAUUAUCUUGGAGGGAACGAAGAUGAACUAUUGAGGAAAUUAACCCGAAUGAUACGACAGACCACCUUCCGACAGAAAAGCGUUCACGAAAGAUUAGAGGUCUAUUAUUAUUUAGGCGAGCUCUUGUCUCUUCGAGGAUGGACGAAGAAGGACUAUGGAAUCCUUCAAGAACAAGUUGGACAACGAUUCGCUAAAGAUGUUAAGAAAACUUCUCGGAGAGUUUACGAACUCUUCGCGAUAAGAGGAGUCCAAUGUCUGACUAAAGUCGCCUACAUUUGCCCGACGUGUUUAACUAAAAUGAGUGAAGGAGACUUUUAUGACGAAUUAUUACCGGAAGCUCGACGAAUAAUGCGCGAAACCUUGUAG